AAAUACCCCUGUUAGUGGAGAAUAUUUCCCUUGUUUUAACAAACCAUUUCAUCUCUGUCGAAUCGACGCUCUCUCUUACUUCCUCUGCUCUAACUCAACCUUCACUUCACUUCGCUUCGCUUCGACCUAAGCAAACUUUCGCAAUGUCUGACAAAGGAGGAAAGGCUGGUUCCCUGUUAAGCAAAGGAUCCCUCAAGGGGAAAGACGACAGUGCAACAAAAUCAGCAAAGGGAAGGAAGGUUCAGUUUGCCAAAGAAGCUCCAUUUGAAUCCAUACUAAACGGGCAAAAAUCUGGUGGAAAAGCUGAUUUUGGCAGAGGAAAAGGAGAUAAGAUUGCAAAUGGUGGGAAGAGUUCUGCAACAAAAGACCCGCAUCAAUUUGAACAUAGAGUUGAUCAAAAACUUCCUGACAAUUUCAAAUGCUUGAUGGACUGCGAGGCUGCAGUUUUGUUACAAGGAAUUCAAGAUCGUAUGGUUUCGUUAUCUAGAGAUCCAGCUAUCAAAAUCCCUGCAUCAUUUGACAAGGGACUGCACUAUGCCAAAAGCAGCAACAAGCAUUCAAAUCCCGAGUUUGUUAGACUCGCUCUUGAGCCUCUAAUGAAUCAUGGUCUCACUGAGAGCGAGAUAUGUGUGAUUGCUAAUGCAUACCCCGAAACUGCUGAUGAAGUUUUUGCUCUCCUCCCAUCACUAAAGGGUAAGAGGGGCAUUAACAGCCAACCUAUUGAAGAAUCAUUGAGUGAGCUUGCUAAGCUUAAACAGACUAUGUAAACUAAAACCUCAUAAUGAAAAGGUUCACUGUUUUACUGUCUAGUAAAGCUAGAAGUAACUGCUCUGGCAAAUGUAGCACAUUCAAAACGCUUGAUGAACUCACUAAUUGAGACAAUAUAUAAUGCAGAACUUUAGUCUGAAUAUUAUAUUCGCCUUUUUAGUCUCAUGCUAUUAGGAUGUACAUUGGUUUAAUGGAUCUUAUGCAUGGCAACAAGGCGAAACUUGGUGACUUUAAGGAAUGUUGUAUAAUCCAUUUUGCUGUAGAAUAUUGUCUCAUCACUUCAAAUUUUUAUAAAACCAGAAAAGGACCAUUGUCAUGGCA